CCACUGUUUAGGUGGAAGCUAGAACUAGGUCUGCGGCAGAACUCGGCAGCUCCCAGUCGCAUCUGUAAAACCUGCAGUUUCGACAACAGCAGCGACAUGGAGGUCCCCAGCCUGGGCCACGGCAUCACCAGCCCGAUGAGCCCGUGCGAGGGUAUGGUGAGCAACCUCAGCUUGGAAAGCCUGGAACUAUGCGAGAGAGACGGAGCAGGUAAGCCAGAGGCGAGCGGCAGCGUGGAGAUGGAGGAUCUGCCCGUACCGCAGAACAUCAAGAUCAGCAACAUCACCUGCGACUCCUUCAAGAUCUGCUGGGACAUGGACCCGCGGGCCAAAGACAAGAUAACACACUACUUCAUAGACCUGAACAAGAAGGAGAACAAGAACUCCAACAAGUUCAAACACAAGGAUGUCCCCACCAAACUGGUUGCUAAGGCAGUGCCGUUGCCAAUGACAGUGCGAGGCCAUUGGUUCCUGAGCCCGCGGACGGAGUACACGGUUGCCGUGCAGACAGCCUCCAAACAGACUGAUGGGGAUUACGCUAUUUCAGAGUGGAGUGACAUCAUCGAGUUCUGCACCGCCGAUUAUUCCACAGUGCACCUGAAUCAGCUGCUUACGAAGGCGGAGGCUAUUGCUGGGAGGAUGCUGAAAUUCUCCGUCUUCUACAGGAAUCAACACAAAGAGUACUUCGACCAUGUCAAAGAGGUCAAUGGCGGUCGCAUGAUGCCAUCGGUGAAGGACAACAGUGGCAGCCACGGCUCCCCCAUCAGCGGCAAGCUGGAGGGCGUCUUCUUCAGCUGCAACACGGAGUUCAACACGGGCCAGCCGCCCCAGGACUCCCCCUACGGCCGUGUGCGCCUCACCGUCCCCGCGCAGGCCCUCUUCGGCCCCCACACCCGCCUCUACUUCGGCGACUUCUACUGCAUGUACACGGCCUACCACUACGUGAUCCUGGUGGUGGCGCCCAAAGGCUCGCCGGGCGAGGCCUUCUGCCAGGACCGGCUGCCGGAGCUCGACCUGGCCGACAACCGCUUCCUGACGUGCGUGCAGAGCGAGGACGGGCAGCUGGAGUUCCGGCACGCCGGGGACGUGAUCCUGGAGGUCAUCUACACGGAGCCCGUGGAGCUGGCUCAGGGGACGGUGGCCGAGAUCAGCGGGCACCAGCUCAUGAGCAUGUCCACCAUCAACGCCAAGAAGGACCCCAGCUGCAAGACGUGCAACAUUAGCGUCGGGCGCUAACGCGAGCGUCAAAUAGCUAAUGCUAGCGUUCAAAAGCGAAUGCUAAGCUAACUCCGCUAACACUUUGGUGACUGGCUUACAGCGCGGAAAAAAACAACACCUCAGUGGUUGCAAAAAAAACCCCUUCAGUCUUGAUCCUAUGCCCUGCUAUGCCCUUAACUCAGACGUUAAUGUCGGCUGCGAAUGAUGGAUCCAGCAGCAGCCUUCAUGUUGUCCGGUCUUGCAUCGAAAAAAAAAAAACCCCACACACACACCAACUGGUGUUCCCUGAACUCUUGUGUAAAACGUUGUUAAAGUUGUCAGUGUGGAAUGUCUAUGCGAUUCCAAUGUCCGAAAUUGGAAUCAACAUCCUGAACAGGUCUUAAAAUGUAUGUGCGAUGAUAUGAACAUGCAAAUCCCUUAUUUUAAAACAAAAAAAGAAGUAGAUGAAAAAAAGACAACUCCUUCUGUAUUUUACCUGAAAAUCCAGAGAGAAACCAAAACGACAUCUAGAUACCCCUAUCUUUUCCAAACCCUUCUGCCUAAGAAAUCCUGUAAACAAGGUUAAGAUGUUUGGCAUAGACCUACACCACCCCUUUAAGCUGAUAUUCUGGCAAACCUGUUUUACCUGGCCGGUGACUGUGUUGAUAAUACUAUUGUUUCCUUUCAAAGAUCACAGUGCAGCUCCCCACUCCUCACU